AUGGGUUUAUUUAUACUUUUAUACACUGUUCUUGGUGUAUUUUCUUCGAUUUUCUUCUUUAUUUAUUGGAAAUUUAUCCAUCAACAAAAACGUAUUUAUAAUAUACUUCGUAGUCAAGGUGUACCAUGUGAACCAUUCGUACCAAUCGUUGGUCAAUUACCUAAUAUGCGUCGUGCAUCUGAAAAAGGUACUGCAAUGAAUUAUCGAAUGGAACUUGUUCGAAAGCAUGGAUAUUUUUAUGGAAUAUGUAUUGGUCCAACAAUAUAUUUAGUUGUACUAGAGCCAGAUAUGAUUGCUGAUAUAUUUGGUCCAUCACAUGUUCAAGACUAUUUGAAACUACUUAAUAUUGAUAAAAUUUAUAAACCUUUAAUUGGUGUACAUAACCUAUUGGUUAGUGAAGGAACAGAACAUGAACGUGCACGAAAAAUGCUUAAUCCGGCUUUUCAUUUCGUUAAAUUACAGUCAAUGAUUUCUAUUAUGGUUGAUAAAACUAGUAAAGGUAUUAAUGAACUUCUUUUAUUAUCAACUGAACAACAAUUUAUUGAUUUACAAACAGAAUUAAAUGCUUUAACAUUAACUAUUGUUGCAUCAAGUGCAUUUGGUAAAGGUUUUGAAACAACAGCUAAUGCAAAACAAAUUGUAUGUCGAGCAGUUACUGAACUAUUGGAAGUAGUUGAAUAUCGAAGUGUACGUUUAAUCGAUCAAAUACCUAUUGUGUCAAAAUUGCCAUUUUGGCGUAAAGAUAUUUUAGAUAAAGAUUCUCGAGAAAUUUCUGAUUUUGUUGAUCAAAUUAUUGCCGACCGUCGAUAUAAUCGAUCAACUAGUUUAUCAUCUAGUGAAGAUUUUCUUGAUCUUCUUCUUUCAGCUAUCGAUACUGAAGGACAGCCAUUUAACGAUAAAGAAAUCAAAGAUCAAGCAUUAACAUUUAUACUUGCUGGUCAUGAAACAACAGGUAAUUUAAUGACAUGGGCUACGUAUGUAUUAAUGACACAUGAACAUGUAUUACAAGCUUGUCGAGAUGAAGUCGAUAGAGUACUUCCAAAUGGUAUUGAACCUACUCAUGAACAUUUGAGUGAAUUAAUUAUAUGCGAGGCUGUUCUAAAAGAAACACUUCGCCUGUAUCCACCAGCACCUUUUAUGGCGCGAAGAUGUAUUCGUGAACAUUAUAUAGGUAGUGAAGGUCAUCGUCAAAUACGUAUCCCUGUUGGAGGAGUCGUUUCAAUUAAUACUUAUAUUCUUCAUCGAAGAGAAGAAUUUUGGCCUCGACCACUUGAAUUUGAUUAUACUCGUUGGAUGCGUGAUCCUGUAACAGGUCUUAAACCAAAAUUAGCUCAUCCAUUUUGUUAUUUACCAUUCGGAUCUGGACCACGUAAUUGUAUUGGAGAAAAAUUUGCAUUACUUGAAGCUAAAAUUAUAUUAGCUAUGCUUGUACAACGAUGCAAUUUUGAAUUAGAACCUGGUCAAAAAAUUCUUCCCGAUGUUUUUAUUACAAUGCGAUCUAAAUAUGGAUUAAAAGCAAGAAUUACUAAACGAUUAUAA